AUGCCCGACUAUAAAACAAAACUCAAUCAAUCAUGGUUCAAUAAAUUGGAUAGUAAUGGAAAUUCAGUAAAAAUGUGGCUGAAACAAGGCUCAUCGGAAACAACAUUUAUUUGUACAAUAUGUCGUACUGGUGAUCUAGACUGUUCUAACAAAGGCUGGAAAGCUGUUGAACAGCACAUGCAAAAUGAAAAACACAAAUAUAAUUUAAAUGCUCUGAAGAAUAAUUCACAACUUACCUUUUCAAUAUCGGCAACAACAUCUUUCACAUCGUCUACACAUACUAUUCAACUAGUUGAUCCUAAUAAACUAUUGUUAUUCGAUGAUCAAGUAUCACAAGCUGAAAUUUUAUGGGCGCUGAAGUCUGUUCAAAAUGCAUUUAGUUACAAAGAUUCUGAUGACGUCGGUGAAUUACUUCGUACAAUGUUUCCGGACUCAAAAAUUGCUCAGAAAUUUUCGAUUCAACAUUCAAAAAUGUCUUAUGUUAUUUCACAUGGUCUUGGGCCGUAUUUUCGUGAUCUAUUAAUUAAAGAUAUUAAAAAUUGUGAACGAUUUGUUCUUUGUUUCGAUGAACGAACAAAUAAUCAAAACAAGAAACAACUUGAUGUAUAUUUUCGAUAUUGGAGUUCACAAAAAGGACUUGUUGUUACCAGAUAUUAUCGUACAAUUUUAUUAGGUCAUGCUCAAGUAAAUGUUGUUGUUGAUGGUAUUUUAGGUGCUUUUCGCACUGAUGGUAUCGAUAUCAGCAAGUUGUUAAUGCUCAGUCGAGAUAAUCCAAAUGUCAAUAAAACAGUUGAAAAAAUGAUCAAUGAUGCUAUGACAAAAGUUAAUGCUGAACUAUUAAACAUUGGUACUUGUAAUUUACAUGUUAUUCAUAAUGGAUUUAAAGCAGGAGAGGAAGCACGUCGACUUUUAGUGGACGUAUCAGCAUCAGAUCGUGCGACAUUUUUUCAUGACGUCAAAAUGAUAUAUCAUGCAAUUGCUGACAACUUGAAAAAACAUCUUCCAUUGAAGAAUACAUUUUUAAAAGAUUUACAUGUACUUGAUCCUGCAUCGAGAACAAAAGAAGAUUCAGCUGAUACAAUGAUUCGUGUUGGAAGAGCAAUACCAAAAUUAUUAAGUAAUGCUGAAAUAAAUCGUAUUCGUCAUGAAUUUAUGAUGUAUGCAGCUGAAACUAUUGAUCAAUCUUGGUAUAUUAAAAAUAAAUAUCACGAUUCAGAUGGUAAUAAUCAUACAGAAUAUCAACAAAUUGAUUAUUAUUGGAACAAGGUAUUAUCAUUGACGACUAGCUUUGGAUUACCGAAGUAUCCAACAUUAUCUAAAAUCGUUAAAAAUAUUCUCAUUAUAUCACAUGGAAAUUCGGACGCUCAGCGUGGUUUCAGUAUUAAUGAACAUAUUGUUACAGAAAACAGAACAUUAUUGUCCUUAUCUUCUAUUAAUGGUCUUCGUUCAACAUGGGAUGCAAUAAAAUUUUAUGGUGUAGGUUCACCACAUCGAGUACCCAUCAAGAUUGAUAUGGUUCGUGCUGUACAAAAAUCGAAAUCGGUUUAUAAUCAAGAACAAUUAUCAUUGAAAUCUCUUGCUGAUCGUGAGAAAGAACAAAGUGAAAAACAUGAACAUACAAAUGAAGAAAUGAAAAAAUUAAUUGAUCGAGAAAAUCAGUUGUUGUCGAGGCAAAAGGGUUUACAAGAUGAACAAAAGAAAGCACAAUUGUUGGUGGGUGAAGGUCGACAACGACUUGAUAAUGCUUUGAAAAAAGCUGAUAUUAUUGAUGCACAAGCCGCAAAUGCAUUAAUUGGAGCUGGUGAUGAACAAGUUAAAUUAAUCUCAGAUGAACUUUUCAAAAUAACCCACGAAUUAUUAAAAAUUCAAAGUAAAAGAAAAAAUGUUCUUUCUCAUGUACAAAAGAAAAAACAAAACAUGACAACAACAGCGAAUGAUCAGUUUUAA